AUGCAGUUGUCCGCACUCAUCCUCUCUGUCAUGGCCUCGCUCGCCAUGGCCGUCCCCACUAACACUGGAGGCGGUGGCGACGGCGGUGGUGGCGACGGCGGCGGCAGCAGUGACUACGACCCUUGCACGGCGACUGCUCUGAUCAACGCCCAGGCACAGUGCUGCUCUGCCGAUGUUGGCGGUAUUGCUGACCUGACUUGCAAGACUGUUCCCGAGACCCCGAAGAGCGCAGAUGACUUCAAGGACAUCUGUGCCUCGAGCGGCCAGACUGCGAUGUGCUGCACUCUCAGCGUUCUCGGAGUCUCCCUCCUCUGCGCCACCCCAAUUGGCGUCUAA